CGUAGCUUGCCCCAUUUGCGGUUAGGUCAACCCCAGACAUGAACUAAGAGUUCCCGCGGAGCUCUUGGAUUAGUCACAGCCCUGAAGAGAAAGCUGCACAGAGCUAUACCUGGCAGGGAGUCUGGAGUUUCUGGUUUGAAAGCUCAGGAAGGCGUGAGGCAGGGGAGGGGCCUCCAGAUAGUGGGAGGGUUGGUGGCUGGGGCUGAGCCCUAGUCAGCUAUUUAAGCUGUGUAAGCCCAGACAGUCCAGGACAAGGAGCCUAUAAACACUCUCCUGAAAUUCACGCGAGGGGACACCCCACGCUGGCCACCUCAACUGCUGCUCGCUGAGGUCUCUGCUUAUCCGACAAAAGAUGGAGGUCCUGCUGGGAGUGAAAAUUGGCUGCCUGCUUGCUCUUCUGGCUCUCACCCUGGGCUGUGGUCUGACUCCCAUCUACGUGAAAUGGUUCCAGAUGGAUGCAGCUACAGGUCAUCACCACAGGAUUCUGAGCCUCCUGGGCUGCUGCUCUGCCGGGGUCUUCCUGGGAGCGGGGUUGAUGCAUAUGACGGCUGAAGCCCUGGAGGGAAUUGAGUCAGAAGUUCAGAAAUUCCUGGUGCAGAAUAGUACAGGAAGUGGGGGAAACUCGUCUGCUCGUGACGCGGCUGCCACUGUGGAGUACCCUUACGGCGAGCUCAUCGUCUCUCUGGGCUUUUUCUUUGUCUUCCUUUUGGAGUCGCUGGCAUUGCAGUUCUGUCACGGGGCUGCUGGAGAAGCCACAGGACAGGAGGAGGAAUGGGGAGAAGGGCCUCAUGCCUUUGGAUUCCACAAGCACCCGCCUGUACCCUCGCCUUCACGGGGUCCCCUUCGCGCCCUCAUCCUUCUGCUCUCGCUGUCCUUUCAUUCCGUGUUCGAAGGUCUAGCUGUGGGGCUGCAGCCAACAGUGGCAGCGACGAUACAGCUCUGCAUUGCUGUUCUGGCUCAUAAGGGUCUCGUUGUGUUCAGUGUAGGCCUGCGACUGGUAAAGACUGCGACUGGGUCUGGAUGGGCCAUGUUCUGCAUACUGCUGUUAGCGCUCAUGUCUCCUAUAGGUCUAGCCCUAGGGCUGACUGUGGCUGCGGGGGCCUCGGGGCCAGCACAGGGAUUAGCCCAGGCUGUGUUAGAGGGCGUAGCAGCUGGCACAUUCUUAUAUGUCGCCUUCCUGGAAAUUUUGCCCCGGGAGCUGGCUUGUCCUGAGGCCCCUCUGGCCAAGUUUGGCUGUGUGGUCGCUGGCUUUGCCUUCAUGGCACUUAUUGCCUUGUGGGCCUGAGAGAUAGAGUCUUCACAGCUCUUUUGAACCUGGGGUGACUUCUCCUGAGGAGACUUUGAUCCUCAGACUUUUUUUUUUUAGUGAGACUAAACAUUUACUAGGC